UGCGAGGGAGGGGCAGUGGGAAAGAGUCCUCGUAGUCACAACCAAAAUAGAGAGACGUGUCAGCAAAGCAAAAGAAGAAGUUCCAAAUCCGUUUGUCUUCUUCUUCGCCAAUCGCCGCCCACGGCCGGACCGGCAGCAACCGCGUCGAUGACUCAGUGAGCGAAUUAGGGUUUAGAAAUCGGAUUCGCGCGUUUCUGAGGUUGGAGAUGUCUCUGAGAAUCAAAAUUGUGGUGGACAAGUUCGUCCAGGAGCUCAAAGAAGCUUUGGAUGCCGAUAUCCAAGACAGAAUCAUGAAGGAGAGAGAGAUGCAGAGCUACAUCGAAGAGCGCGAACGCGAAGUCGCCGAGCGCGAAGCUGCUUGGAAAGCUGAGCUCUCUCGCCGCGAGGUUCUUUUUUCUACCACUUAUUCGAUUAGCUUCAUGAACAUUGUUCUGUUUCAGGCAGAGAUUGCCAGGCAAGAAGCAAGGCUGAAAAUAGAGAAGGAAAACCUUGAGAAAGAGAAAAGCGUUCUAAUGGGAACUGCUUCGAAUCAAGAUAACCAAGAUGGAGCUCUUGAAAUCACCGUAAGCGGUGAAAAAUACCGGUGUCUUAGGUUUGCGAAGGCAAAGAAAUGAGCCAUUAGAAAUAGGAAGGCUGAAGAAAGAAGCUAAAUACUUCUGGAUGUCCUUGCAUCUUAUUGCAACAAAUGCCCCAAGUCUUGUCAUUUCAUAUCAUUCAAUCAAAUGUGGCUUGAAGGAAAUUAUUUAACCUUUUGGUAUAAGUUCUUUCUGCGAAAAUGGAUUAAGCAAUAUUGAGAGUUGAGUUUUGUAACUAAGCAAUAUUGUACAUUAGUGAUUACUUUUUUAAAGAGUCAAACUUCUCCUUGCGUUGCGGAUGGGUCAG